AUGUUCUGGAGGAAACACGUUGUUGCUGCUGCCGAUAGUGUGGAGUGUUUACGUUGUUCCUGCCAAUUCCAUCGAGUCUACGUCGUCUAUUUGAGUCCCGAUGACAGAAUACCGAAAUGGAUAUGCAAGGGAUGCAAGCCGAAGCCUUGUUCUCCAGCAAUAUUUACCGACUUGGCUUCCUUGCAAGGGGCAAACAACACCGAACACUCAUCGUUACUUUCAGCCGUGGAAGAUCCAGGAGUGGUUAGUUCACUUUUAGAACAUAUCAAGCUCCGUCGGGUCGAACUGGUCAAUUUGACGCGGGAAGUAUCCUCGUUUCGUCAGGAGCUUGCAUCAUUGAAAGGUACGUUGUCCGAAGUUUGCAAGCGAGUCGAUAAUGUCGAAGCGCGACCGUCUCAACUUGAGAAUAAAACACCGUCCGUGCCUGAGAGUCACUUAUUGGAAGACAUUGCCAACCUGAAGACGGAACUCAAAGAGCAGUCAUGUCUAUUGAACGACAUUGAGAUCUCAGGCAUUACUAAACGGAAUGGGGAAAAUCUUCAAUACGUAGUAGGCCUCAUUGUGCGUAAGAUUAGCGUCACAUUAGAAGAGCGCGACAUUGUUUUCAUCGACAUUUUCAUUGACACCAGCGAACGGUCACGGUCACGCCCUAGUACAUAG